GACAAAUUUGUCAUAGACAAUUCGUUUCAAACAUAGAUAUUUCAACACAAUUUUAGGAAAUGUAUUCGCAAUAUCGGAAUUAUCUUAAAACAAUUUCGCUAACCAGGAGAUGGAUUUAUAUGACACGUAACAAUUGUGAGAAAAUGCCUGAUCCGCUAGACCUUUGUACCGGUCUCCAGAAAAAAGAAAUUCUCGCUUUUAUGGAAGGUAAAUGUGAUCCAUACCACAUGGAUGUUAUAAAACGGGGCAGUGGUACCAAAGAAAAUCCAACCCUUAUACCAUCCGCUUUUAAUGGUCGCAUAAUUGGUUGUAUAUGUAAUGAAAAUCGCUUUGUAAAUUAUAUGUGGCUUGAAAAAGAUUGCCCGAAACGCUGUGAAUGUGGCCAUUGGUUUAAAUUAAAUAAUGUCCCUGCUUUUUCACAAACUCAUUGAAUUGUGUCACAUCAUCUAAUUUUGUUGAUAUAUCUCUUUUAUGAAUAAACAAAUUGCAGUUAAAUGUUAUUGUAAA